AUCCUGCGCCUCCUGCUCCUCCUCGCCUCCCUGAGCCGCUCCUCCUCCUCCGAGCGGAGACUCGGUUGCCUGUUUGAGAGCGAGCUGUGUUCACCAUAUGAGAUCUGUGUGAACGAUGGCGUGUUCGGGAGGUGUCACUCUGUUCCGGUGAGAGAGGUUUACACCUACGACGUCUCCACGUCCGUAGUGCAACGCUUCAGGAAGCUGCUGGAGAAGCUGUCCAACCGAGGGUUGACCUGGCAGGACGACACCACCCAGCAGGUUCUGUCCAAGGAGCUGUCCAAGCUGAGGAGGAUUCCCUGCAGGCCGCAGCAGAGCGGACCUGUCUACAAAAGCAACGCCAGGCCGGUAGCUGAGGCCAUGGACCCGGUGGACCAGAGGGUGAAGCCGGUGGAGGUGGAGCUCAGCAGGAACCUGCAGUCGUACCUUCAGCGUCUCGGCCUCCUCCCGGAGACGCUGUCCUCCGCCAGCCUGAGCGGCCCCCCCGGCAAGAGUGACCGUUUCCAGUCAGGCUUCCCUGCAGACGCUCAUCGCCCCAAGGCCCAGACUCAGAGCUCCUCUCCCUCCAGCUUCUACUCCCUCUCAUCUCGCCAACCCCUGGAGAAGCAGAGGCCUCUCGUUGACCAGCGCCCAGCCACCCAAUCGGAGGGCGAGCUUCUCCUGGGCGCCCUGAGGCGGUAUCUCUCUGGGCGUCUGUCACUGCACGCUGGUGGGGGGGGCCCAGAGGAGCCCGGGGCCCCCUCGUCUCGCCCGAGGCCCUCCUUCGGCGGCGGAGUAGAAAACCCUGGGCUCAGAAAAGAGACAUCGACUUCCAGGCUCCUGAAGACGGGGAGGACUCAAGGGGCUUCAGUCAAGGAGCCGCUCUCGUCUGUGGACGAGAGGUUCAUUGAGAAAGUGUUGAAGAACGUUGGAAAGCAGCAUGUGGACGUGGACAACCUGUCGCUGCAUGACCUGGACCAGCUGUCCAGCCUGAUCGCCGACGCUCUGCAGGUGGUCGACAAGGACCAAGGACCAAAGACGCAGGCUAGAACCAGACCAAGAGACCUGGAGGGAGAGCUGAGGAAUGAUGAGGAAGAAGAAAGAGAGGAGGAGGUGGCUGCCAGAGAUGAGGAAGAAGAGAAGCUGUUGGCAAAUGCUCCAACGCUGAAACCUCAGGGGAGCACUCCUAUAGUGCCGGCAGAGCUUCAAGAGCGCCACACGGAGGCCGAAGAGCAAAAUGUGAAGGACACGGCCGAGGACGGAAACCUGCUCACCAAACUUCUCGCCUACUUGGACAAAACUUCCCUCAACGCCUCCCCGUCAGCAAGAAACUGGCAUGAUGUUGCCAUGGAGACACCCAGAGGCCAACCGGUGGGGCUGGAAAACGUCCAGAGUCGGACCAGCCAGGUCGGGGUAGCGGUGCAGAAGAAGGACGCUGCUCAGUCUGUUGAGGAGGUGUCGGAGGUGCAGGGCUGGAUCAAGGAGGUGGCGCCCCCUCCUGCCGCGCUCGUGUACGAGGAGCCGCACAAGAAGACGAUGCAUGUUCCCGAACUUCAACUGGACGUCAAAGACAGCAGGAAGAAGGCUGAAGAUGAUGUCUUCGGUUACGUUAUCACAGACACAGAUCGGCUCCAGACGGACGAAGGCCUCCACCUGAUGGAGAUCCUGGCUCGCAGGGCCGGAAUCCAGAUGACUGACUUUGCCGAACUCUCGGUGGUGAGCCCGGCUGUGACCUUCAGAGUGAGCCCGAACGCUCAGAACGUCAGCACCACAGAUGUGGCCAACGUGGCUGUUAAGCAGAAGGUGGAGGUGGAGAAGGAAGCCAAGCUCAGCAUCCUGGAGGCCGGAGUCACUGACGGGAGCCAGAUCAAGCAGAUCCCGACCAAGUACAGCCAGGCCGAGUCCACCAAGUUCCUCAUCCUCACCGUGGUGUCCAUCCUGUGCAUCGUGGCCGUGCUGCUGGCGUCCACCGUGGUCUACUGCCUCCGCCACCGCUCGCACCACAAGCUCAAGGAGAAGCUCACCAACCUGGGGACAGACACCGGCGGCGAUGCUACCGCCACCUAUCAGGAGCUGUGUCGGCAGCGCAUGGCGGUCAAACCUCCCGCCGAGCGCCCGGAGCCGAUCUCCUCCCGGAUCAACAGCGUCUCGUCUCAGUUCAGCGACGGCGGUCAGGCGCUCAGCCCGUCGGCGAGGAGCAGCGUCUCCUCCUGGAGCGAAGAGCCCGUCCUCUCCAACCUGGACAUCUCCACCGGGCACAUGAUCCUGUCCUACAUGGAGGACCACCUGAAGAACAAGGACCGCCUGGAGAAGGAGUGGGAGGCGCUGUGUGCUUACCAGGCCGAGCCCAACGCCUGCAGCGCCGGCCUGAAGGACGGCAACGCCAAGAAGAACCGCUCCGCCGCUGUCGUGGCAUAUGAUCACUCCAGAAUCACCUUGAAGGUGGAGAACAGCCAAGGAAACUCCGAUUACAUCAACGCCAGCCCCAUCAUGGAUCACGACCCCAGGAACCCGGCUUACAUCGCCACUCAGGGCCCCCUGCCCUCCACUGUGGCCGACUUCUGGCAGAUGGUCUGGGAGAACGGCUGCGUGGUCAUCGUCAUGCUGACGCCGCUGGUGGAGAGCGGCGUGAAGCAGUGCUACCACUACUGGCCCGACGAGGGAUCUAACCUCUACCACAUCUACGAGGUCAACCUGGUGUCCGAACACAUCUGGUGCGACGACUUCCUGGUGCGGAGCUUCUACCUGAAGAACAUGCAGACCAACGAGACUCGGACCGUGACUCAGUUCCACUUCCUGACGUGGCUGAACCAGAACGUGCCGGAGACCAGCCGCACGCUGCUCGACUUCCGCAGGAAAGUUAACAAGUGCUACCGGGGACGCUCGUGUCCUAUCAUAGUCCACUGCAGUGAUGGAGCCGGACGCUCUGGGACCUACACCCUGAUCGACAUGGUCCUCAACAAGAUGGCUAAAGGUGCCAAGGAGAUUGAUAUCGCAGCGACUCUGGAGCACCUGCGGGACCAGAGGCCAGGAAUGGUUCAGACCAAGGACCAGUUUGAGUUCGCCCUGACGGCCGUGGCGGAGGAGGUGAACGCCAUUCUGAAAGCUCUUCCGCAGUAG